GCAUGCUCUCUUUUUCAGACCUUUUGCUUUCUCCAAGAUCCUUGCUCAUAAGUUUCAACUACACUGUUCAUUUCUGCCUCUCACAGCUACUCAGUAAUGUUGAAUUACAACCACGCCCGCACACAACUGAGAAGAUCCUCCAGAUUCUCAUCCUCUUCUUCACCCACCAACGCCCAAAAUGCUUGUGUUGCAGCGUCUCCGUCAGCCGCCUCAUCUCCGAGUUGCAAGAAAAAGGAUCAAAGCUUGACGUUGAAGGCUUGUGGUGAAGAAGAAAUAUUUUUGAAUGUGGAAGAUAUGAGCUCUGGGCGAUCUCCAGUAAAUGCUACACCACAAAGGGAAUGGCUGAGAAACUUCAAAACCAAAUCAUUACCUUUAUCAUUGCAUGAAAAUGGCAAUGGGGAACCUGUUCCGCUGAAAACUUAUGACCCAAACUUUUCUGGUGGGAAGCACUUGAGAAGAUCCCCAAGGUUUAUUUCAACUCCUUCCGCAACUGGAGAUGGUUUUAGAAAGCGAAAGGUCAAUUCAGGAGAAAUCAAAUCCCCUGAAUUGUCUCCAUCAGUGAUUGAAAAUUCUGUAUCUCUAAGAGCUACUGACCUAAAAAUGUGGGAUGCAAAGUGCUUGAGAAGAUCACCGAGAUUAUCAUCAUCCAACUCCGUUCAGCUUCAAGAGAGAUUUUUGACAAGUUUAGCAGAAAUGAAAUCUCCUGAACAUGAAAAUUCUGUCUCUUUACAAGCUACUGACCUAAAAGUGGAGGAUGGCAAAUGCUUGAGAAGAUCACCGAGAUUAUCAUCAUGCAACUCCGCUCAGCCUCAAAAGAGAUUUUUGACAAGUUCAGCAGAAAUGAAAUCUCCUGAACUUGAAAAUUCUGUCUCUUUAAGAGCAACUGACCUAAAAGUGUGGGAUGGCCAGUGCUUGAGAAGAUCAACGAGAUUAUCAUCAUCCAACUCUUUUCAGCCUCAAGAGAGAUUUUUGACAAGUUUAGCAGAAAUGAAAUCUCCUGAACAUGAAAAUUCUGUCUCUUUACGAGCUACUGACCUAAAAGUGGGGGAUGGCAAGUGCUUGAGGAGAUCACCGAGAUUAUCAUCAUCCAACUCCGCUCAGCCUCAGGGGAGAUUUCUGACCAGUUCAGCAGAAAUGAAAUCUCCUGAACUUGAAAAUUCUGUCUCUUUAAGAGCUACCGACCUAAAAGUGUGGGAUGGCAAGUGCUUGAGAAGAUCACCGAGAUUAUCAUCAUCCAACUCUGCUCAGCCUCAAGGGAGAUUUCUGACCAGUUCAGCAGAAAUGAAAUCUCCUGAACUUGAAAAUUCUGUCUCUUUAAGCGCUACCGACCUAAAAGUGUGGGAUGGCAAGUGCUUGAGAAGAUCACCGAGAUUAUCAUCAUCCAACUCUGCUCAGCCUCAGGGGAGAUUUCUGACCAGUUCAGCAGAAAUGAAAUCUCCUGAACUUGAAAAUUCUGUCUCCUUACGAGCUACUGACCUAAAAGUGUGGGAUGGCAAGUUCUUGAGAAGAUCACUGAGAUUAUCAUCAUCCAACUCCAUUCAGCCUCAAAAGAGAUUUCUGACAAGUUCAGCAGAAAUGAAAUCUCCUGAAAUUGAAAAUUCUGUCUCUUUAAGCGCUACUGACCUCAAAAUGUGGGAUGGCAACUUCGUUCAGCCUCAACAGAGAUUUCUUACAAGUUCAGCAGAAACAAAAUCCCCUGAAAUUGAAAAUUCUCUCUCCUUAAGAGCUUCUGACUUGAUGUGGGAUGAUAAGUGCUUGAGAACAUCACCAAGAUUAUCAUCAUUCAACCCAUUGCUGCCUCAAAAGAUAUUUCUGACAAGUUCUCAAUCUUCAGAAAGUGGAAAUGAUGCUAAGAUUGUGUCUUUCGGAACAUCUGAUGUGACAGUUAUGGAUGAAAAAUGCUUAAGAAGAUCUCCAAGAUUAUCCUCAUCUCUGGUUGGGCCUGGAAGCAGCAAACCUGUAUUUUCCUGUUCUGAGUCAUCCGAUUCAUUUGAGAAACGGCCUUGUAAGAAGAUUGUGCUGCCUACUUCAGAAAACAGACAUGGACAAUACAAAAGGACAUCUUUCUUUAUUGGAGAUCCAGUUCCUGAUAAAGAAGCUCAAGAAAGGUGGCACUGGCGUUAUGACCUGAAGAAUAAAAGAUUCAAGGGUCAAGGCUUGAAAUUGAAUGCUGAUGAUAAUGAAGAAGAAAUAGUUACUAAUGUUGAAUGCCAUUAUACUCAAGCUAAACUUGAUGGGACAAUAUUCAAUCUUGGAGAUUGUGCGCACAUAAAGGGUGAAGGGGAACAAAAACAUGUUGGCAGAAUCUUAGAGUUUUUUAAAACAACAGAAGGUGAAGAUUAUUUUAGGGUUCAAUGGUUUUAUAGAGCUGAAGAUACAGUUAUGAAAGAAGAAGCUGCUUCCCAUGACAAGAAGCGCAUAUUCUGUUCCACUAUAAUGAAUGAUAAUUCACUAGAUUGUAUUAUUUCUAAAGUCAAUGUUCUAGAACUAACUCCUAGGGUAAGUUUGAAAUUGGACUCUAUUCCACCAUUUGAUUAUUAUUACGAUAUGAAGUACAAUGUGGAAUAUUCAACAUUUCACACCUUGCUAAGUGACAAUUCAGUGAAGGGUUAUGAUUUAGUCUCACCUAAUUGCAUUGAGACUCCCCUUAGUGUAGCCAAUACGACUUUCCCAGAGGAUAUGGAUGGUUGCAAACCUGACAAAGCCGAAUUAGCAUUAUUAGAUCUUUAUUCUGGUUGUGGUGGAAUGUCAACUGGCUUGUGCCUUGGUGCCAAGCUUUCUUGUGUUAAUCUUGUGACGAAGUGGGCCCUUGAUUUUGAUAAAUCAGCUUGUGAGAGUUUGAAAUUAAAUCAUCCAGAAACUCAAGUCAGGAAUGAAACUGCCGAGGAUUUUCUGGAUCUAUUAAAAGAAUGGGAAAUGCUAUGCGAACAGUAUGCACUCAAUCUUGUAGAAAGAAAAUCCCAGUCUAGGUCAAAUGUCUUGAGAACAUCCAAGAGCAAUAUAAAUUCUCCACAUGACAUUAAAGUUGCCACUGAUGAACUUGAAAUUUUGAAACUUGUUGAUAUUUGUUAUGGUGAUCCCAGCGAAACAGGCAAACGUGGGCUGAAAUUUAAGGUGCGCUGGAAGGGUUAUGGUCCAAGUGAAGAUACAUGGGAACCAAUUGAAGGAUUGAGUAAUUGCCAGGAAGGGAUAUACGAUUUUGUAAGAAAUGGACUGAAAUCUAAAAUUUUGCCACGCCCAGGUGAUGUUGAUGUUAUCUGUGGGGGCCCUCCUUGCCAAGGGAUUAGUGGUUAUAAUCGCUUUAGAAAUGUCGAUUCCCCACUUUCUGAUGAAAGAAAUCACCAAAUAGUAAUCUUCAUGGACAUAGUGAAAUUCUUAAAGCCCAAAUAUGUGUUAAUGGAAAAUGUGGUUGACCUAUUAAAGUUGGAUAAAGCUUCUUUGGGAAGAUAUGCCAUUAGCCGUUUGGUGCACAUGAAAUACCAAGCAAGGCUAGGAAUGAUUGCUGCAGGCUGUUAUGGUCUUCCACAAUUUCGGUUGCGUGUUUUCCUGUGGGGUGCUCAUCCUGGUGAGAGUCUACCCCAAUUUCCACUUCCUACGCAUGAUGUUGUUGCAAGAUAUUGGCCUCCAUCUGAGUUUGAGUGCAAUAUUGUUGCUUAUGAUGAAGGCCAACCUCGUGAACUAGAAAAAGCCGUUGUUCUUCGUGAUGCUAUAUCUGAUCUUCCAGCUGUCACAAACUAUGAAACUCGUGAUGAGAUGCUUUAUGGAAAGCCUCCAGAAACAGAGUUUCAAAAAUAUAUAAGGUCAACUAAAGAUGCGAUGGCUGGUUCUUCAUCAAGUGGUAUUACAAAAGGGUACAACUCCAUACUAUAUGACCAUCGGCCUUACCCAUUAAACGAGGAUAAUUAUUUACGGAUUUGUCAAAUUCCUCGAAGGAAGGGAGCAAAUUUCAGGGACCUCUCUGGUGUAAUUGUAGGAACUGAUAAUGUGGCUGUACGGGAUCCAACAAUGAAGCCAAUACUUUUGCCAUCUGGACAUCCACUGGUACCAGAUUGCGUCUUUUCUUAUGAACAAGGGAAGUCUAAAAGGCCAUUUGCAAGAUUAUGGUGGGAUGAGACCGUGCCAACUGUAUUGACAUUUCCAUAUCUUCGCAACCAGGCAAUAUUACAUCCAGAGCAGGACCGUGUCCUCACCAUACGCGAGUGUGCAAGGUUGCAAGGCUUUCCUGAUUAUUAUAGGUUCCGUGGGACAGUUAAAGAGAGAUACUGUCAAAUUGGAAAUGCAGUUGCAUUUCCAGUUGCACGAGCCUUGGGAUAUAUGCUGGGGAUGGCGUUUCAGAAUCAGAGUGGGAAUGAAGCGCUCGCAACUCUUCCACUCAAGUUUUCUCAUUCAAUGGUCUAGGUAACUGAUGGAAUCUUGUCUCCAUUUUUGUUGAAAUCACCUCUCAUUUCCAGGUCAUGUUGGUAUGGUUGAACUACUGAAGUGAUAAGGCAAAAUAUACUUCCCACCCAUCGUUGUUUUGAUUCCCUUGACUUCAGACUUAAUGGGUGAGUCUGGGCCAUUGGUGCCAAAUGUAUUUUCUUUUCUUUUGGCCUUAAUGCUCCAUUUUGUAUACUUCUCUGUGCUUAAAUUGUGAUCCCAUUUUGUCAGACGCUUUUUCUAAUGUAUUUGCUCUUAAUUU